AUGGAAGAGAUUGAUCAGGAAUCGAUGAAACACUUGUGUAAAUACUGCAACAAGAGCUUCCCUUGUGGAAGAUCUUUGGGGGGUCACAUGAGGUCUCAUGUAAUCAGCUCCACCAAUCACCAUCAUCAUCAUCAGGUCGGGAACAAAACUUGUUCGACUGUUCUCGAUAAACUCUGUAAAGAAUGUGGAAAAGGGUUUCAAUCGUGGAAGGCUUUGUUUGGGCAUAUGAAAUGUCACUCGAUCAAACUCUUAAACAACAAGAACAAGAAUAUUGCAAGUCUGAAUCGAGAUUCUUGGAUUAGCAAUUCAGAUUAUGAGAAUUCAGAUGCCAAAAAUCGUCAAAUAAAGAGAUCGAGAAACAGACGAAACAAAAGUAAUAAUGCUUCAACAAGUAUGGUGUCCGAAAUCCAACAAGAACCAGAAACAGAUGUUGCUAUAUCUUUGAUGAUGCUUUCUAGAGAUUUGGGGAAAUGGGGUAAUGAAUUUGAAUCGAUCGAUCACUAUAAUUCCUCUGUUUUGGUAAAUUUGAGUAAAGAUUUGAUUGGUAAUGGUUCCAAGAUGACGAAAUUAGCAGAAACUCAAGUUGGUUUUGAAUUUCUUGGAAGAUCUGAGGUACGUUUGAUAAAACAUGACAAAUUGGAUUCAGGUUUAGGUGAAUUUGAGGAUUCAAGUAAGAGAAAGUUCGAGUGUGUUACUUGCAACAAGAGUUUUCAUUCUUAUCAAGCACUCGGUGGGCAUAAAGCAAGUCACAGGAAGCUAAAGGGAGAUUUUGAUUCGAAAAUCCAAAACGAAAACAAACCCGUGUUAGAUCACGAUCAAACAAUCAAAGGGUUUGAUCCAAAAACAUCUAAAAGGUCAUCAAGAAUUAUCAACUUUCGAUCUUGGUGUUGGUGUUGGUUGUUUGAAGAAGAAAAAAGUGGUGUUGGGAGCACAUGA